AUGUUAUAUCUGAUAGUUACUGGCAUUUUUUUUGCAUCUAAACAAUGCAAAGGUCAGUUAGGUUAUGGUGGUAAUGGCUACUGUUCUUCUUGUGCACUGAGUAAUAGCGGUUCAAUCCCACGAGGAUUCGGGUACGGUGGUGGCAACUAUGAUUUGACUAGUCAAAGCUUAUAUUCAUUGCCCACAAAUAAUGCUUUCAUCAUACCACGAAGUAGCUAUAGCUAUGGUUCGAAUGGAUACGGUAUUGGCACAGGUUAUGGUAGUUCUCAAAGUAGUAAUACUGUAAACUACGGAUCUCCAUCUACAACCGGGAUGACUUGGAAUAAUGUUUAUAGUUCUGCUGGAAACUAUGGCACCGGAAGUGGAUAUACCAAUUGCUAUCAUAAUAAUUGUAUACCAAGCAUUGGAUAUAAUACAGUCCCCAGUGCAUCAGCAAACACUGGCACAAGUUAUGGAUCAUCUCCAAAUACUUAUACCAGUAAUGGCAAUUCAGGUCUAGAGAGUAGUUAUUCAUUACCGGCUACCUACAACAGCUAUCCGGCCAUAUAUGGUAGUUACGACAGCCAAGGUAGCAUCAAUUCUCCGAGUAAUUUAUAUUCCCUUUCUAGUCAUCAGCAAAAUCGGAAAGGAGUAGCUGCAGAUGAUACUUUCAAAAUGGGAAAAUCUUCAUCAUCAACUACCUCGCUUUCAUCGUGA